GACAGGAGUCGAGUGUUUCCGAGUGGUCGACAUAUUUUGAACCGCUUCCAAAUGUUGAGCUGGAGUCGGCGAGUGCAGCAUCAUCAGCAGUACAGAAGCAUCAUCUCCUGAGGAGGGCGAGUCGGGAAGUGGAGGGAGAGGAAGAGAGUCGACCGGAGACCCACGCAGCAGCAGCAAGACCCCCCGCAGGACACUUCUUCUCCACCUUCCACCACCAUCACCAUCCUCUUCUUCCACACACCCUCAACGAGGUACUAAAGAGAAGCAGGAUGAGGACAGCCAGUGUGGUCACACUCACUUUCCUGCUUGCCACAGUUCUGUCAGUCUCUGGCAAAGUCACUGAGGUAUCCCAGACGUUGUUCCACGGCGAGGAUUUCCACAUCGCCCUGCAUAGCCACAAUUUGGAGGUGACGUUUCGCAACAGGUCGGCUCCGCGCUCGCCCGUGGUGACCUUGAUGCGGCACGGCCUGGUGGUCAACAACAGGGCCAAAAUGAACCCCCACGUCAGCUACCUGCUCAUCGACUCCGUUGGCGAAGGAGACGAGGGAUUGUACACCGUGAAGAACCCUGAGGACCCGGAGAACGCCACACAAAUCACACUUGUAGUCCGAGAUUGUGCUAACGAGCAGACCGUUAAAUACGGGGCAAACUACCGUAUUCCCCUGUUGGGGGUGACGGCCCCUAUCAGCCUGGAGUACAGACUCAGCGCUGUGGAAGCCAACCAGACAUCCAGACCCGCCCUUGUGCUGUGGAUGACCACAGGCAAGGCUAUAGAGGGCUACAUGGGUCGCAUCAUCGUCAGUGACCAACAUGUGAUCCUGAAGGCAGCUACGGGCGCGGACCAGGGCAGCUACACCGUCAGGGACGCUCGUGGCGUCAUUAAGAAGAAAGUGUGUCUCCACGUCAUCGAGCACCGGAACUUUGAGACCCUGCUUCAAGGGGAAAAACUGAAGAUCAACCUGAUGCUCAACAGCUCCCUGGUGAAAUUGUACUACAUACCUGACAAAGACCCCACGCCUCGCCUACUCAUGGAUAAAGGGAAUUUUACACAUGCUCAAACAGACCUCGGCUUUGAGGACCGCCUGUCCAUGGAGGGUUCACAGGUCAUCUUGGAUAAGGUCAAGCCCUCCGAUAAAGGUGUUUUCGAAGUCACUGACCUUUUGGAAUACCCUGUGUCCAAAAUCCACUUGCAACUAAAACGUAAGAAUGGACUGAUUUUGGAAAAAAGUGGAGAAGUCAAGGAAAGUUCAGUUACAUCAUUGACUUUCUGUGCAGCGCACAAGCUGGAGUCUCUCUAUGUGGCCAUCAUUGCCCUGCUGGGCCUGCUGGUCCUCCUCCUGCUGGUUUGCCUGCUGUCCUGCCUGAUCAAAGUCAACAAGAGGUCCAAGCGGUCCGCCGCCUUGGAGAAGAUUGCCCAGAAUGCUGGCAAGGAAGAGGAGGGAGAAGCCUUCAGACAGGUGGUAAAGAACAUCACUAAGCUCAGUGAGGACUCCAAGCAUUCCCAGGCAGACAACACAGAGAAAUCUCAGAGCACUGAGGUAGACAUUAAAGGUCUGGAGGUGUCCUCUAAAGAGGUUGGCAUGGGUAACCUUGACACCAGUGAUUCUGGCGUUGGCUUUAACACCGCCCUCCCGCUGGACACUGACACCGACCAAAUCCCUGACUCAGAGGCUGUGAGCAUCUCUGUUGCCCCGGAGACCAAGGCACCAGCAACUAUGGAAGGAAAACCAAUUUCAGUAGCUGAAACCAAAGCAGUCCCCGAGACCAAGAAAACCCCUGAUCAUCAGUCAAUCAACUUGGAUGUUCCCAAAUCAGCAGACGCAAAGCCUAGUCCAGCCUCCAGUCCGGAACCCAAGAAUGCUGUCAGUCCAGGUGAUCUGAAACCUGCGGCCUCCCCCAGCUUAGAAGCCAAGCCGGCUGCUCUGAAAGCCACCAGCCCCGCGGCACCAGAAUCCAAUAACAUUCCUUUUUCACCUGAUUCAGUCGAGAACUCCAUGCCGACCUCGCCAGAACCCAUCACCAAUUGCACACCCGAGCCAGGGCCGGAUCAAGCAGAUUUCCUUGGAGGUACUUCUUAAAAAAGUGAAGUGAAUCCGGGAGAAACCGAAGUGGGGUAAAAUGAAGAUCCUACCACCACCACCACCACCACCAUAGAACUGUCCCUGCAUAUAAUUUUAAAAAAAAGUCGGACUUUGUCUAAUUCCUGAGCAUUGUGUAAAUUGACAUUAUUUUAUCUCACCGUUGUAGCAUAUCCCGAGCGGAGUACACAUAUUAAAGAUGCAGUACCCGGGCUGACCUACGUACAGCAGUAAUGAGCCGCACACUGCCGGAAAACAAAAGGAAGAAGAAGCAAGGCUAGCUGUUAGCUUACCUGCUAACUCCAUUGAGGCUGUACUUACAUUCCAACAUAUUCUAAUUUACAUUUAUAUUGUGAUAAAACAUGAUGUAAACACACGCUUUUUCCACAUUUCUACCGCUUACUGGCAACCUCUAUGACUAAACUCCGCCUAACUUUGCACGAC